GCCUACAACGGGCGCCCGACAUCGAGCAUACAUAAUAGUGCUGUUUUCCGAAAGCUAGUCUCGUUUGCUCUGCCCAAUAUUGUUUAUUUUGUGCACUUACCAAUGGGCCCGAUUAUACACCGUGCUGCAUGUAAAAAUGUAAACUUUGUGUACCGUGGCGCCUGAAGGUAAAAAGCAACGAACCCGUAAUAUACGUACCGGACUGCACUUCACUAUGUCAAACUACAUGAGUAGUGCCUCCACUAGAAAAUCCGAUGACCAGUAUGAUGAUGAACCGACAGAUAGAGUCGAUACUAAAAGGAAAAUAAGAAACGCAAGUGAGAAGAAUCGCAGGGAUCAAUUUAACAACUUAAUCAAUGAAUUAAAUCGUAUGUUGUCCACAACCAAUAGAAAAAUGGAUAAGUCCACUGUUUUGAAAACAACCAUAAAUUAUUUAAAUAAACAGAAAGAUAUAUUAUUGAAAUCAAAAGUACAUGAAAUAGACAAUGAUUGGAAGCCAGCAUUUCUAUUAAAUGAAGAAUUCACACAUAUAAUUUUAGAAGCUUUGGAUGGAUUCAUGAUAGUAUUUACAUCAUUAGGAAAGAUCCUCCAUGCAUCAGAAACUGUCACUGCACUUCUUGGUUAUCUUCCGAAAACCAUGGAAAAUUUAUCAAUAUUUAAAAUAAUUCAUGAAGCAGAUCAUUCGUUAUUACAAGAUCAAAUUGUAGAGUCCAGACUUUCAAAGAAUUAUGAUAACGAUCGAAUCGUAUUUUCUUGUCAUUGUAAGAGACAUGACCCAUUUAAAGAUAAAGAAGAAAUAAAUGAAAAAAAUCAAUUUGAAUUAGUGCAAUUUUUUGGUUACUUUCAACCAAGUAGUGAAAUUUAUCAUGGGGACAAUCUUAAAAUGUCAUCUCCAUUUAACAGUGAUGAAGAUGAUCAAAAUCUAGUAUUUGUUGGUAUUGGCCGAAUUAUGACUCCACAGUUAUUAAAAGAACUACCUGUUAUGGAGGAUAUAAAAAGUGAAUUCACCUCAAGACACAGUUUAGAAUGGAAAUUUUUAUUUCUUGAUCAUAGAGGCCCUUCAAUUAUUGGGUAUAUGCCGUUUGAAGUACUGGGAACUUCUGGUUAUGAGUAUUACCAUAUUGAUGACUUAGAAGAUGUAAUAUUGUCACACCAAGCACUUAUGCUAAAAGGUGAAGGAACAUCUUGUUAUUAUCGGUUUUUAACCAAAGGCCAACAAUGGAUAUGGUUACAAUCAAGAUAUUAUAUUAGUUACCACCAAUGGAACUCAAAACCCGAAUUCAUUGUUUGUCAUCAUCAAGUCAUCAAUUAUUUUAAUGUUAUUAAAAAAGAAGGUGAGACUAACGACAGGAGAAAAAAUAGUAAAAAAAGAUUAUGGCACAUUCCUUUAAAUGAAAUUGAACAUCAAUCAUCAAAUAGUGAUUAUGAUUCAUAUCAAAAGAGACAUUAUGAACAAUCAAGUACAGACUCAUCAAAAAUGAAAAUUAGAUCAAUUGAAGAUAUUCGAAAUUCUAAUUCUGAAGUCGAGUCAUUGACAUUGGUAGAAAGUAAACAUGAUGUUACUGAAACAUUGAACAAUUAUUUAGAAAAUGCACAAUCUUCAGUAAAAUUACCUGCAGGCUCAGUUUCUCCAUCACAGGAAAAUCUUAUUCAAGAUCAAUUACAACGUAAACAAGAGGAAUUACAAAAAACUAUUGUCAAGCAACAGGAAGAACUAAAGAAAAUAACUAAACAAUUAUUAAUGGCUCGAUGUGGAAUUUUGCCAACAUUUAUGGACGAUUCUUUACAAACAUCCACACAGACUUCCGAGCAAACAACUCAACCAGAAAUUUCUACCAACCAAAUAAUUUGUUCCAAUACUAGUGGAGAACUUUUUGAAACACGUCCAUUAAUAUCUUCUGAUGUCUUAUUAUUACACGAACGAAAUGAACAAGUUAUGCAGCAUUCCUAUUCAUCAAAUAUAGUACAGAAUAUGGUCGAUGAGGGAGGAGGACAAUUGGAUUAUAGUUUUAGUAAUCAGUCUAAUGAUGUUCUUUUCGAACAAAGUUCUCCCUGAAAAUCAUAACAAUUUCAAAGAUGUAACCAGCUACCAGCCAUAUUUUUUGUAUAUAUAUAUUUAUAUAAAAUUUUUUCAAUUGGUUGUUAGGCUAAAUUGCGUUAUUUGAAAAAAGAUGUUCCUCUUUGUAGGUUCUGUUGUGGUUCCUUCGUUUUUGUACCUGUGUUGUCUUUGUGGUAAUAGUUAUAAUUACAUGUAAAAAGACCUAUCUAAUAUGACUUAAGUUUAAAAAUAAUGUAUCUGUCAAUUAAACACUGUUAGUCAUAACUUAUAAGUGUACAUUACUUAAUACAUGUAAUUACUAUUUUUUAUGAUUAACAUUGGGUGCUAUUGAAUAUUCUUAAGUUAUAAUUUUUUUUUUAUUGAUUGUUUUGUAGUUAUUUUUGUGAAUAAUAAUGCAUUAAUUUUAUAUUUAACAUUGCAUAAGCCUUUAUAGUUUGUAUUAGUGACAAUACAAUAAUGUCCUAUAUAAAAAAACCCAAGAAUUUGUUUAAAGAUUUAUAGAAUAGUGUAAGUUUUGUUUACUUGAUUUGUGUGUUUAAAUUGGUCAUUGAUUUGUAUGUUACAUAUUGGUGUGUACAGUAAAAAUCACUUAGUAGGUCACCUGAAUGGGCUGGAUAAUUUUGUUAUUUGCUAUAUACAAAUAUAUGAAUACAAGUAAACAAUUCUCAUUUGUUUUUAUAACAAUUAUACAUACAAUCAUUAAAUGCAAUGUACU